AUGUUCCAGGAAAAUCUACACCCAGCACUUAACAAUGCUGCAAAUUCUGAUAAAAAUAGUAGAUGCAUAUUAGUAGAUAAUGAUAACAAACGAUUUGAUCAACCCCAUAAAAUACUCACCAUACUACAUCAAAAUCGCCCUGACCUAAUCAUUCAUACUCCUAACAUAAUUUUUGUUUGUGAUAUAACUAUUUGCAACAUCUUGAAUCUUGAUGAUGCUGCAACAUUAAAAAGACAACGUUAUGACUUAGAUGGUACAAAAGAAUUAACAAAACCGAUACCCCACAAUCAAGAAAUCGGUCAUGCUAACAAACCAAAUUUUUGUAAACAUCUAUGUAAUUCCCAAGAGAAACCAGUUUGUUUUAUACCACUAUGUUUUGCUAACUUUGGUGAAAUAAAUAAAAAAAAAACAAAAAUUACUGGUUUACAAUAUUCAAAGCUCUAA